AUGGAGUUCAAGAAACCCGCAACAGUGCUGAAUCUGGCCAAUAUCAGACAGGCCUUGGUCCGAAUGGAAGACACCGUGGUGUUCAGCUUCAUCGAAAGGUCCCAGUUCUACGAAUCUCCAUCCGUGUACGCCCCCAAUAAGUACAAGAUCCCCAACUUUUCAGGUUCUUUCUUGGACUGGUUGCUCUUGCAAAACGAGAAGACCCACUCGCUUGUCAGGCGUUACGAGUCUCCAGACGAGACCCCCUUUUUCCCUGAUCAACUGGAAGAAUCGUUUCUUCCAAGUCUAAACUACCCUCCAAUUUUGGCUGACUACGCCGAUGAGGUGAACGUAAAUGACGAAAUCAGAACUGUGUACAUUGAAAAGAUAGUUCCCCAAAUUGCAGCUAAGAAAGGUGAUCAAGAUGAGAAUAUUGGAUCCACAGCCUGUGCAGAUGUUGAUUGUUUGCAGGCUUUGAGUCGUCGAGUGCAUUUUGGAAAAUUUGUCGCAGAAGCUAAGUUCCAAAAUGAAAUGGCCCGCUACACUAAUUUGAUCCGCAACAAGGACAUUAAGGGCAUUGAAGAAGCUAUUACAGAUUCCGCAGUUGAAGCUAAGAUUUUGGAACGUUUAAUUGCCAAAGGUCAUGCCUAUGGUACGGACCCCACGCUUAGGUAUUCGCAGAACCCUCAAUCAAAAGUACAGCCAGAGGCAAUUGCUAAGAUAUACAAAGAGGUAGUUAUACCUCUGACCAAGAAGGUGGAGGUUGAAUAUCUGCUUAGAAGGUUAGGAGAUGACGACGAAGCAGAAGCUCAAGACCCUCAACGCAAGACUCAGCUGAUGAACAGACUAUUAUCCAACAGCUUGUGGUAA